UCCCAGUCUGCCUGGCACUAACGGUCCCAUGAGUCACUGCACGUGUCGCAUGUCCGACGUUUGGGAUACUACGAUCGUCAUUGCAUGACUGAACAGAGUGAUAGAAAUGCUGAUAAUUCUGUGUCUUCUGGCUCUGACCUCAUCCUGCUUUGGCAAGAGUUGGAUUAAUGUGGAGGGAUUCUUGAAACAUGUGUCAAUAGGAAGAGCAGGCGUGUGGGGGGUUGAUUCUGAAGAUAGGAUCUACUAUCGUGAGGGUACAUACGAGGCGCCCAUGGAAAAAGGCACAAAAUGGACGCUCGUCCCCGGACUUCUCAAACAGCUCGACGUUGGCACAGACAUCGUCGUUGGCGUCAACCACAAAGAUGAGAUUUUUUACAGAAAGAAUAUCACAGGUGAACAUCCUACAGGGUCGGACUGGGUCAAACUGAACGGUCAUCUUAAACACGUGACUGUGUCUCCCCAUGGCGCCAUCUGGGGAGUUAAACAUGAGAAUUCGAUCUGGUUCCGGAAUGACAUUAGUCUGCACAAACCAGGGGGAACUGGUUGGCAGAAGGUUGAUGGGUCCUUAACACAGAUUUCUGCAGGACUGGCUGGCGUGUGGGGGGUCAACGCCAACGACGAAAUUUUUUAUCGAGGGAGAACCUACGGUGGACACAUCACGGUCGGCAGUGGAUGGGUCCAAUUACUUGGAAAACUUGCAUACAUCAGUUCCGGUUCAGGAGUGGUGCUUGGCCAGAGGAAAGACAAGAAUAACUUUCUCAGAACUGAAAUCAGGGAAGGAAAUCCCACAGGAUAUGACUGGCGGUGGUUGGUUCAAGGAUUGGACGUGAUUGAGGAGUAUGGCGGUGCUAUAUGGGGGGUUAGUGGAGGACAGUAUAUCUGGAUGUCGCACACCAACUAACACGUCACCAUAGCAAACAACAUCUCGAGUCUAGAUGUUCAAUAUUCGACAAUUAUAACCGUUUCCAAUGGUUGCUAUUUCAAUAUAAAAGCUGAAAGUUAGGCCUUUAACAAUAAAAAGUUAUUUC